ACGGUCUCCUAGCGCUAUCGAGCGAAAUCAUUGCCAAUAAAUAAUAAUAACAUCAGUGAUAGCGCGGUCUUGAAUGUGUUAAGACGUUUGGUGAUGAAUAUAUUUAUUCGUGAGGAAGCGUUCAAAUUAAUAUAGUUUUUAUUACAAUUACAUAAGAGCCAUGGGUGUGCCGAUGAUGAAAAACUGCUGCUACUGUGUUAGUUUACACACGGGUACUUUGAUCAUAGGUUAUGUGUACACGGUAUGGUCACUACUAGAGUUGGCAGGCUACUGUCUUCUAGUCACCCUCGCGCCAAUCGGUAAAAAUGGUACCGUGUCCGGUCACAAGUAUAUAUUGUACAUCACGGCGGCGGUGGUCAGUGGGGUUACGCUUCUAUGCUCAAUACUUCUAAUCGUGGCUGCUUAUAAGAAACUCGCCUCUCUGACUUUGCCCUGGACGAUCGUGACCGGUAUCUUGACUGCGGUGUUCUUCGUGAUGUGCCUCACGGGGAUCAGUCUCAUCCUUCAGGACACGGGAGAUAUGCUUGAAGUGGAGAUUGUGUUCAUCAUCGUACAUCUUACUAGAGCAUGUAUAUCAGUAUAUUGCAUAGUAGUCGUCCACAGCCGCCACAAACAGAUAAUGUACGAUGACGACAACGAAAGGUUCCACCGCUCGGCGAUCUACCAACCCAUCUGGAUGAGAGACCAGGCGUUAUGAACUCAUAGAAGAGACUCGACGUGACGAUUCUGGAUGGAAUUGGGAAGAUUUAAUUGCUAAAAGCAAGUAAUAUGAAAAUGACAUAAAGACGUUAAAUAUAUAAAUACAAAAAAAUAUGCGGUCAACUUGAAUUGCACAAGUGAGAGUUUUAACUUAAAUAACUAUUUCAAUAGUAAAUAUAUAGUAAACGACGGCUUAUUACAACGGUGGUCAAACUAAAGUAGUUAUGCUAAAUACUUAGAUUAUUAUGUAGCAGAUGUGCCACAAAUACGAGUAUAUUUACUAUGAGAAUGUUAUGAAGGGUUUUAUUCUAUUUAUAUUUAGAAGAAAAAUAAAUCAAGUUGUUCCCAAAAUGCGAAUAUGAGAACAGAAAAUCAGUAUCAAAGCGACCAGCGAUCCCUAUAUACGUCAACUUAAUUAGAUUCCAUACAACCAAGGAGAAAAGAUAAACAAAAUUUAAAUUUACUUAUACCAUGCGAUUUACUGUA